UGAUGAAACUGCUUGCAUUGCAACGGGUCAAAUCAGCAACGAUCAAAAUGAAGUAAUUUGUUAUUCUUCAUAAAAUACACAAUCGCAAAUUAAUAUUUACGUAGACUAGACUUUAAAUAGGUUGAUGCGGCACUUGCCACUGCGAAAUCAUUAUUUCUCGAUAAAAAUUUAAAAGACUACUGUAUAACAGCGUGUAUAUAUAUUUCUAUUCAAUUUCGUGUUUGCGAAUUACAGUAUCAUAAUGCUGGCUUACGUCGUUUAUAAAAUACUUAACAAACACCAGCUGCUAUCUUCAAGCCUGUUAGAAGACGGCAAAUACUCUGACGCUGACGAACAAAAAGCAACGGUUUUGUCUUUGGACUAUGAUUCGUAUAUGGACUUACAAUGUAUAAGCGCUGGGAAUAUACCUCGAACUAAUGGGGUUGAGUCAUUGCUCAAUCACGUUGGCGCUUCAAUAGUGUUUACAUUAAUGGGCUUUCCUGGUCUCGCCGAGGCCGGGUUCAGGUCGCCUUCUCGCAUAAAGAUAUCUUCUAAUCAACGUUUUUCCAGUAUGCAGCUGGCAAAACGAUUUUUAAAAUUAACCACAUCUAGCAGGUGCUUGUCAGUAGCACUGCCCGACGUUCUCAAAGCUCUUCCUAUCGCAACACGCAUCAACUGUUUCCAGGAAAUUGUACAGGAAAUGGCGGAAAUGCUUUUGGCGACUCAAUCAGCCGAUAUGUACUAUUCGGCCAAAGUGCUUACUGGGCUUGAUACCACAUGGCGGCGGGACUUCAUCCAGCGCUGGAUUUUGCAAUUAGUGAAUAAUUCAGACAACACCAGGACACUCGACCCAAUUCGCGCUUUGGAAAGGUGUCGUAGGCUACCCAAGACGAUAGACGAAUUUGAGGAAAAGACGACCGCGGAAAACAGGCAGAAUUUCAGUCUGAGACAAGCGACCGCCCUCGGCGGACCCGACGUCGCGAUUGUUCUUGCCUUUUUCAUGGCAAGUCCAAAACCGCUGUCUCUAAACGAAUUGGAAACCCGGUUUUUGAAGUUGAGGGGUGCCACCCUACCGCUGUCGGCAGUUCACAUCUUACAUGAAAUGGGAGCCAUUCAAACCGUGCCUUUUGAAACGAGAAAUCGUGGCACAGAAAAUGCGUCCCCUAGAUUCGAUGUACAGGAGUUCUGCCGUAUUGUACGCGGCUUGAUUCGACAGAUGAAUCAUGACCCUAAUGCUGUUUAUUAUUUAACCCUUGCAACUGGCAAAAAUGCUUUACCUUGUCUACCGUACAGCUGCACGCGUAGACGCUCAAUCGCUUGCCUCUUGGAAAAGUAUGGGGUGAGCCAGUUUCCAGAUCUUGAUGCGGCCCACAUGCUCGAAGACUUCGCAGCCUUUUUUGAAAAGUUGCAGUUAGCUAGGGACGAUAAAGUGGCUUUGGCUGAUUGCUACAAUGGAUAUAGGCUUAGGGAAUGUGUUGUUUUUCCAAGACGAGUUCCCGAUAAGGAAAACAUAAACGGCACGAAGAGUUGUUCGGCCGAAGAGAACUGCAACCGAAAACAUAAACAUCUUUCUCAGACCGCGCUUCAAGCCUCUGGAAAUUCGGAGCAGCAGCGCCCAACGACAGCUACCAAAGGACGACGGGCUUUACGGCUAGCCGCCAUUUUUCCGUAUUAAAUGAUGAAGCUCGACGUACAUAUGUAGAUACCGGAUUGCGCUGUACCAAUGAAAAGCGCUGUGAUUUCUCUUGGUCAUUGUUUUCAUUUAUCCAAGAAAUGUUUGCUUUGAUAGACAGAAGUGACAAAAAACCAUGGCAUGAGUUUGUGCAAAAGAAAUGCGAUCGAUGCCAUGGUGUUUCCGCGCUGGAAAACACAUAGACUUUGAAAAAGACAAGUAAACCUUCAAUAUAUUUUGUUAGUUUUUUCAGUAUCUAAACAUAACGAUUUAUGUGGUGCAUGGUACGAUCGUUUGUCCUUUAACACAAUACUCAGCUGAUAGUCGAAUGAAAGAAGGUUCCUGCUUUGCGCAUCAUUCUAGGUGUUGAACUUCAAUGGAACCAAUGUAAUCGAUAUACUUAAUUUUCUACAACAAAGCUGUUCUCAGCAGAGCUACGGAGCUAGCUCAGCGGUGGUA